CUCUACAGUAAGUUCUUGUCCUGCCCAAACUGACUCUACGGGUCACUUACCUCUCUCAGGCAGCUCCACCGCAAAUCAACAGAAGACUGCUGCUUGUCCUCGUCACCCUGUAUCUGUGCUGCCCCCCAGUCAGCGGCAAGAAAAAUAAGACCCCGUGGCUGGAGCGGAUUAUACAGGACAUGGUGGACACCUAUAAGAGAUUCGCCACGAUGGAAGGAAAUCCGUUGACCAUGACCAGCCAGGAAUUCCGGGAAUACCUGAAGUAUGACAUCCCCACCUACAUCGAGAGUAAGGACCCGGAUAUCGUGGAGAAGACUCUGGCUUCCUUGGAUGAGGAUAAAGAUGGAGAGCUGAGCUACAAGGAGUUCAUACAGUUCCAGAUUCAGUAUAUCGUCAGCAAGUACAACACCAAUAACCGGCUGCAGGAUUAGA